CGUGGAGGUGUCGUGGCGUUACCGCGGGCUGCCCAACGGUCGGAAACACGAAUUUCUUUAAGCGUCCACCCUCGGCCGGUGGCUGCAGCAAUUUCGUAUGUUGGCAUCUUCCCUCGUGAACCGUGUGUCUCUGGUCGCCGCGAUCGCGACAGCCAAGUGCAUCCCCUCUCCUUCAUGGCUGACCUGUGCCGCAGGCUGCCUUUGUUGCUGCUUGCCGUUGUUGUCUUUCAUAUCUGCAUCCUCGGUCGCGUCCCUGGGAGGAAACAGAGGCGGCGAACGACGAAGGCGACCGGGAAGAUGGAGAAGGUGCAGACGAAGAGGACGAUGUCCAUAGGGGCUGGCGGGUCGUCACGUCAGCAUUGCAACUCUGCGGAAGGCGGCAGGCACCCGUACGACCCGACGCUGUACAGCCACCUGCCGUCCCACGAAAUUCCAUUGCCUCCGAGUGAUGACGACAGCGACGAGCCCCGAUCAUCAACGGUUCCUCUGGGCAGCGGUUCAACGCAGGAUUGGAUGGGGAGCCAGCUGUAUAGACAGCCCUCGACGCCGACGUACACUGAUUUGCUGGAGGGGCGGACCCCGGUUGGUUAUGAUGGAGGGCUCGUAGAUCUCAACUUAGGUUUGAGGUCUGGGAUUGGCCAGGACGUCACGCACACUUUUCUCGUGAACCCGGGUUCUGGAGGCAACCACACAGCGCCUUCGGUGGGGCCGUGUGGCCUUCCUGACACCCGCGGGCGGGGUUCUGGUCAGUCGGGCGACGAACGUGGAGUCGAUCCACGAGGGCGGGCGGCUGUGGGCACAACAGGUGUUCACGCGUCGGGGACGAGGACAGGUGGAUCGACAACGGCAGGCGGCGCAGUCCACCAAGGACGGGAUGACGCUGACGGCUACGCUGCGGAGGUGGUGGGGCGAGAGGUUUGGGAUGAUUACCGGCGACAAUCGCGUCAAUCUACCACGUCCGCCAUAACGAGAGGGGUGGCGAAGGUCAAUGUAGGGGCGGACGACACACCCGGCGAUUGCGACGGUGCGGGUGGUGAAGAUUGCUCGGCAGGCGACGGGGGCAAUGACAAUGACGACGACGACGACGGGGAGAUGGAGAUUCGUCCGCUGGGGAAGAAACGGGGAGGGCCUAGGGCGACGAGCAAGUCCAGCGAGCCGCGCGCGGGGCGGAGAGGCAAGAAGACUGCGGGAGAUGCGUCGGCAGGCGACAGAGCGAAAAGCAGGGAUUUUUGGACCGUGGAACACAUGAUUGCUCUUGUUAGAGCUAAAAGAGACCAGGAUUUGCAUCUUGCUGGCCUCGGCCACAACAUGGGAAGGAUGAAGACGAAGACAUGGAAGUGGGCCGACAUCGAGAGCAGGUUGGUGCAGAUGGGGGUGACGACUAGAAAGGCCGACGACUGGGGGAAAAAAUGGGACAACCUGUACAUGCAGUUCAAAAUUGUGCACAAGUUCAUGGGAGAAUCGGGGAAGCCUGAUUUCUUCACACUAUCGCUGCGGAAGAGAAAGGAGUGGGGGUUCGAUUUUCGGAUGGACGAGCGUGUGUAUUCGGAGAUGAUGGCCAUGUACAGGGGCGAUCACACUUUACACCCCACGAAUCUGGUGGACACGGGUGCAGCGGGAGGUGUUCAAGUACUAGGCCGGCCUGGAGGUCGGAAGGAUUCAGGCGGUAGUGAUGGAUGCGGGGAUGGGCAAGAUGACGAUCAGGGAUCGAUCAGGGAUCGGCGCGGAAUUCAAGUUUCAGCAGCAGUGGUGUGGGCGGGUGCGGCAAAAGGAAGAAUACUUCCAGCCAGAAGAAGUGGUGAUGGUGGACGCGCAAGGUACUUCAGCGGCGCCGCGAUUGGGUUUCGGGCGGGAUGUGGUGACGAGGAACAGCUGUCCGCUAUCAAGCAGAGCAUUGCUGUUGGUGCUGCCGGGGCGUCGCUAAGGACCCCGAAGGCGGUAGGGGUUGUCAUAACGAAGGUGCACCUCCCGAGGCAACUUCCCGCCGCGACGGGGCAGGGCCAUCCACGUCAGGCACUUCCACUGCAACAGUUGGGGGCUUCAGGGGGGGGUAAAGCAGAGCCCGCGCAAAAGGGCGAUGCAACGGCGAUCGACACUCGGACGGCGGCGGCGGAUCAUAGUGGUAGAACCGGAGUCGCCGAAGGUGCGGGCGAGGAGAGGGUAGACGACGGCCGCCACGACGAGGGAAGAAGAGACGGAAAGCGGGAGGGCAACAACGACGACGACCGUCCACUUGGACCGGGGAAAACCUUGAGGGAGGCGGUUGGCGAGUGCGCGGACUACUUCAUCGCAAUCGCCAACGGAGACACGGGAGCUGAACCACCUGCGAUGCUCAUACUGCCGCUGAACGACAUGCCGCGCUUCAAGAUCGAGGACCCUGCGCAGCGUGAACCGGCUUUGCGCAGAGCGCGCAACGUCGAGAAACUGGUGCUGCGCGCCAUCCACGGAUGGAUCUUCAAAUCAUUGUCGCGGUCGGCUGGAUUUGCUCGUGCAGAGUCGUACAUCAGUGUCGACGUUGCCACCGACGUCGCACGAGCAGUUUGGCAGGGGCAGGAAUGGUCGAACGUCGUGUCCCCUGCACUCGUGUACCACACUCUGGCGCUGAAGAUGGACGUGCCUCUGUGGUUCGCGGGGGUGAAGAUUGUGGAUCGGCCCGAGGACGAUGACAUGGCGGCGUGGCGGGAGGCGACAAUUCUUCGCAUUGUGGAGUGCUGGACAAACGCACUGUGGUGUGGACAAUGGGCGAACGGCGGGCGCGUGAAAGAGGAGAGGUUCUCUUUGCUUGCGGACUGUCUUCGAGCGUUGUUGAGCGCGUGCAUGUGGAUCAUGCGCAUGGGUGGUCACGACGACCGUUCGCACUACGAGGCGUGCCUUUACUCGUCCAUGGUCGCCAAACCGACAAUGAUAGCGGCGGGGUCGUACAUCUUCAAUUGGCGGCAACACUUCGUCGACAGCUCGAACCUCGUCUUGGAUCGUAUAGGGAAGGCUCACCUCACACUGGGAGAAUACCCGCACUGCAUUCCGGAAUGGUGUGACUGCGGUUCGGUGUUCGGCCACAACGCGGCCCGGAAGAACGCGGCGGAAACCGCGAAACACGGAUGGAUUGGCAGCGGGCCUGCGGCGGAGGAAGUGGGAGACGAGGACGUUGACACGUGGGUGCGUCCGUGGCGCAGCGUCAGGGUGCGGAUCGUCGACUCGAGUGUCUAGUCUCUAGUGUCGUCAUGUAUAUGUCAGCUUGCAGUCGUCGUGGUGCAUGUGUAGUGAACGAUGCAUUCGUUUUUUUUUUAAUCAUUAUUAGGUGAUUGGAGCGCGCUCGAUACGCUUGCUCCGCCGC